CCCUCUGACGUCACGUGACCGCCCCUUACCGCGGUGCGUUGUGGGUUCUCAAAGAUGGCGGCGCUCAGCGCGGGCCGGGCGGCGGCGGCGGGCCUCCUGCGUGCCCAGAGCCUCGGGGCAUGGCGGGGGCUGGGCACCUCGGCCACCCUCCUGCAGCAAGCCCAGGCCAAGUCCCACAGGGCUGAGGGGACAUUCCAGGUGACAAUGCUGCCGGGGGACGGCGUGGGCCCGGAGCUCAUGCACGCUGUCAAGGAGGUCUUCAAGGCUGGCAAUGUCCCCGUGAUCUUCGACGAGCACCACCUGAGCGAGGUGCAGAACACGGCGUCCGAGGAGAAGCUGGAUCGGGUGGUGGACUCCAUGAAGGAGAGCAAGGUGGCCCUCAUUGGGAAGAUCCACACACCCAUGGAGUACAAGGGAGACCUGGCAUCCUAUGACAUGAGGCUCAGGAGGAAGCUGGACCUGUUUGCCAACGUGGUGCACGUGAAGAGCCUCCCGGGCUACCAGACCCGGCACAACAACCUGGACCUGGUGAUCAUCCGGGAGCAGACUGAGGGCGAGUACAGCUCCCUGGAGCACGAGAGUGCCAAGGGCGUGAUCGAGUGCCUCAAGAUCAUCACCAGGGCCAAGUCCCAGCGCAUCGCCAAGUUCGCCUUCGACUACGCCACCAAGAAGGGCCGGGCCAAGGUCACAGCUGUGCACAAGGCCAACAUCAUGAAGCUGGGGGAUGGGCUGUUCCUGCAGUGCUGUAAGGAGGUGGCAGAGCUCUACCCCAAGAUCAAAUUCGACACCAUGAUCAUCGACAACUGCUGCAUGCAGCUGGUGCAGAAUCCCUACCAGUUUGAUGUCCUGGUGAUGCCCAACCUCUACGGGAACAUCGUGGACAACCUGGCCGCGGGGCUGGUGGGCGGCGCCGGCGUCGUGCCCGGCGAGAGCUACAGCGCCGAGUACGCCGUGUUCGAGCUGGGAGCGCGGCACCCCUUCGCCCAGGCCGUGGGCAGGAACAUCGCCAACCCCACGGCCAUGCUGCUCUCGGCCUCCAACAUGCUGCGGCACCUCAACCUGGAAUACCACUCCAACAUGGUCUCGGAUGCGGUGAAGAAGGUGAUCAAAGGUGGAAAAGUCCGGACCCGGGACCUGGGCGGUUACUCCACCACUUCCGACUUCGUCAAGUCCGUCAUUGACAACCUGCACCCCAACUAUGGGGCUUAGGACCCCCAGCAGCUCCCCCAGCGCCUCGGCCCCCUCCCCAAACCCCCUCCCAGCCCCCCCCCCAGGGAGGAGGGUGGCCCAGGAACCCCCCCAUCCCCCACAGGAGGCGACCAGUGCAGAUUUUGGGGUUCACUGGGUGGUUUUGGGGGGAUGGGGCAGCACCCUAAAUCAUAGGCAGCUCCUAGGGACAUUGGGACCACCCACCAUGGCUCUGGGACCCCCAUUCCCAUGGGAUCCCCACUACUGGAUUAUCAUUGCUGUGGGACCAGUGGGAUAUUUGGAUCCCUGUCAGAACAGGACCUUGGACUGUGGGACCCCAUUCCCAUGGGAUCCCCGUGACUGUGGGACCCCCCCCAUUCCUGUGGGGUCAUUUAGACUGUCGGACCAGUGGGAUUUGUGGGACCUCAUUCCCAUGGGAUCUUUAUGAAUGUGGGACCAGUGUGACUGUGGGACCCAUCCCAUGCAGCUUUCAGCAAUAACCAGGGUGACAUCCCCCACCCUCCACCCCCUUGGCAGCUGCUGGCACAGGGCUCCCAUGGCGUGGGGUGACCCUGGAACACUCCAGACCCGGGGCAGGGUGGGGAGGUGCACCCAGUGCCCCCCAGGCCACGGGAACUGGGGAGCUGCAGGGCUCUGGCCAGAGCUGGGAGCUGAUCCCAUAACCCUGUGCUUGUGGGGCCAGGCCCGGUGCCACCCCGGGCUCUGGGCUGUGCCAUCGUGUCGUGCUCUGUAUUCUGCUUUGCUAAUAAAGGGUCCAAUGCUUC